AACCCUUCAGGGCCUCGUGCCAUCAACCACUCUGAACUGAGAAACUAAAACCCUAAUAUUAACAUGCCCUUUAGCUUCUCUCACUCCUUCUACCUCCAAACCCUCACCCAAACUAAUGAUGCUACCUCCAGACCCCAUCAAACCCACCUCCAGUCUCUCUUUUUCUUCUUUCUUUACUCCCAAAUCUUCAUUCAAACUUUACCCAGUAUCCCUUCCCUCCAUUUCCAUUUCUAUUUCCAAACCCAGAACGACCCUCUCCUUCAAACUCCACUCCUCCUCCUCCUCAUCACAAUCCCAAAUUCCAAACCCACCUCCCUCCUCCGAUCACUCCCAUACCCUACUCUCAAUCCUCCGUGCCAUACCCGAUUGGGCCGACAGCGUUAAAGAGCGAGGAAUGCGGCGGAAACGGACCCUCUACAACCACGAAAAAUGGGUUCAGCACCGGAGCUCGCUUCGCCAUUUGCGUCACGUCUUGUCCAGCCUAUCGUCGCGGGUGAUUCUGUCCCUCGUACCGCCCGUGAUCGCCUUCACUUCUUUCGCGGUGGUGAUCGCCGGGUAUAAUUCCGCAGUGUUGGUGCACUGGUUGCCGGAUUUCUUCCCCGUAUUAAAGUCCUCGACGUUGCCUUAUCAGCUGACGGCGCCGGCGUUGGCUCUCUUGUUGGUGUUCCGGACUGAGGCGUCGUACUCGAGGUUUGAGGAGGGGAGAAAGGCGUGGAUUAGAGUGACUUCAGCGACCAACGAUUUAGCAACACAGGUGAUUGCUGGGGUUGACACUUUGGGGAAUGAUGCAACGCUCAAGAAGGCGCUUUUGCGGUAUAUUAUGGCAUUUCCGGUUGCGCUUAAGUGUCAUUUGAUUUACGCGUCAGAUGUUAGGCAAGACCUCCAAAAUUUGCUUGAUGUAGAUGAUCUAUCAAUAGUACUCAAUUCAAAGCAUCGGCCCUGUUGCAUUAUUGAGUUCAUCUCUCAAAGCCUCCGGUUGCUAAAGUUGGAGGAAUCGAGGAGAAAUAUGUUGGAGUCAAAGAUCUCUUAUUUGCAUGAAGGAAUUGGUGUUUGUGAACAACUUAUGGGUAUCCCCAUACCCCUCUCUUAUACUCGAUUGACAUCAAGGUUUCUGGUCCUCUGGCAUCUCACUCUUCCUAUCAUACUGUGGGAUGAUUGCCAUUGGAUUGUGGUUCCUGCUACUUUCAUUAGCGCUGCUUCUUUGUUCUGCAUAGAAGAAGUCGGUGUUCUUAUCGAGGAGCCAUUUCCAAUGCUCGCACUUGAUGAAUUUUGCAAGCUGGUUCACAACAAGAUUGAGGAAGCAAUUGCAAAUGACAAUGUAAUUCAAGCUCACCUGGGUGCAAAAUUAAGGAGCCCAUCUACGGAGCACUCAACCAAUGGCUGCCCUAAUUCUUAGUUUGUGGGAAACUCAAUUUUUUACUCCAUAAUUGAGGCCACAGGCAAAGAUUGGACUGCUGGGGUGGCUGCAUCUUCUGUCAUCUAAACUACACACAUUAGAGGAAGCUUUAGCAUCAAAGUGCAAGUAUUUCUUAUAUCUGGUAUGUGUAUAUAAUAGAGUCGUCGUGUUUACAAUAGAAUAAGCCACUGAUUUGAGCUGUUCGGAGUUUCUAUUUAUUGCAGCAUAUAAUUUCCAAAA